AUGGCGGCCUCUCGCUGCCUGCGCUGCAAACCCCGGGCUUUCAACCCCAUCCAUCGUCUUCUCCGGCGCUCCUCCCACUCCCGAAGCCCUCCUCUUGAUCCCCCUUCGCGCAUGCACUCCUUCACCCGCCCAUGGCUUCCCAGGAACAUCCUCAAUGCUCGGAUCGAAGCCUUUCUCAAAGCUGGCGGUUUUGACAUCUGUUUCCUCAACUCCGAGCUCGACGACUUGGACUUCUCUCGCGUGCUCAGUCAUCUCUUCGACGUCAGCUCCGACGCCGCUCUCGCCUUCUACUUCUUCAGGCUCUAUCAGAGGUCCCAUGGAAUCCAGCACAACCUUCGUACUCUUUGUACUUUGAUUCAUAUAUCCGUUUCGGGAAAUUUGAAUCACAUUGCGGUCAAUCUUCUUCGGAGGAUUGUGGCGGAGCUCAGUGAAGGAGAAGGAGAGUGGAUUGAUUUGGUUUUUGAUAUUUUGAGAGAUGUUAGUAGAGAAAGGAAGGAUCUUGAGAUUGUUUAUAGCAUGCUUGUGAGAUGUUGUUUGGAUGCUGGGAAAGUUGGUGCGGCUUUGCAGUUGAUGGAGAGGAUGAAAAGGUUUGGGUUUUUCCCCAGUGUUGGUGUUUAUGUGGUUCUGUUUGAGACUUUGCUUGAAUCUGGACAGUUGAGUCUUGCAUGGGAGGUGUUUGUUGAAAUGCCUAGCUUAGAUAAUUGUUCAAGUUGUAUGUUUUUGGGGCUGUUUGUGCAUGCAUUUGUAAAACAUGGUGAUUUUGGUGGCGCUUGGAAGUUGGUUCGGGAGAUGUGGAGUGGUGGUGUUGGAGUUGAUGUUUUCAUUUGUACAACAGUUAUUCAUGGGAGGAUGUUGGAGGGCGCCAAGGUUUUCCGAAGUUUUCCUGAAUGUGUUCCUGAUGUUUUCAUGUAUAAUAGCUUUAUGUUGCAGUUGUGUAGAGAUGGAAAUGUGAUAGAAGCGAAUAGGAUGCUCAAUGAGAUGUUCGAAGUGGGUAGAAGAAGCUCUGAAAGUGUUUUGUCAGAUGAUACGAAGAGGCCAUCGGCCGAGUGUUUUGACAUACACCGUCUUGAUUGA